UCUGACUCGCAUGGUUGCGUCUACCCCGUUACAGCCUGGUAUAAGUGAAAACCAGCCCGCUUUCAGCAGCUCCAGCGUUAUAACACGGACCAAAGUUAUCCCGGAAUAAGGACAGCACGCAUGUGCCGUCAACCCGGAUGUAGAUAUCUUAGUGCGCGUCUAUUCCCCGUUUCUCCAAGUUAUUACAACAUUUGCUGUGAGAAAUAUUUACAGAUCUUAACCCCAGCUGGACAAACCUUUGCCGCCCCAAACCUGUCCAAACCGGGUUAACCAUCCGUGACAUGUAUCGGGCUACGUGGAUGUCACAUGAGAGUGACAGCUCCACAGUGGUCUCAUUUCGGAGCGCUGCAUUUUUGAUUUAAGGUGAGAGAAACUACAGUGAGUUGGUAUAACCUACACUUUUACUGCAUGAGUAAUGCAUUUAAAAUCCAGCGUGUGUCGGCGUGCCUGAAGUUGGCCUGACAGAGGCCGCCUGCUCGUUUUCGCUAUCAUCAUCCCGUGUUGCAGAAAUCCUCCUCUAACUUAGACGAUGGACUUCCGCGGUAGGAGGCAUGAGCGAGGCAGCAACUGGACUGACCCGGAGAUUGUGGAGCUGCUCCAGCUGUGGUCCGACGAGUCGGUGCAGAUUGAACUGGAGAGUUCACUGCGCAACCAGCGCGUGUUUGACCGUAUCGCCCACAUUUUGCGUGAAAAGGGCAUCUACCGCACAGGAGACCAGUGCAGGGAGAAGAUUAAAAAGAUGAAGCUGGAGUACCGCCGCAUCAAGGACAACCACAAAAUGAGGUCUUGGAAGUUUUAUGAUGUGAUGGACAGAGUGCUGGCGAAUCGGCCGGCUAUUACUUACUCCUCCCUAGGCGGAGCUGUCAUAGCUCAACAGGUGUUCCAGACCUCUGGGGCACCUGAGGCAUACCUGCAAGGAGUGCCAGCGGGCUCUUUUGGUCCUGCUUCCUCCGGUGGGUUUCUCUUUGGCCAGCCCCCAAAAGCUGGAGAUCCGCUGGAUAUCAAAUGUGAAGAUGUGGAGGAGAGCAUGCUGAACUCCGGAGAGGCACCGCCUGAGAUGUACUAUGGUUCUGGAGAUGAUCAGGAAACUGAUGGGCAGUCUCUACUGGAGCCAGAAGACACCCUGAGCCGAGCCGAGAGCACACUUAAUACAAGAAUUUCACCUUCAGGUUUUAGUGACCUGAACAUGACUGGCUCUGCUACAGCCACCACCUUGGCUGCUGGUGGUCCCGUGUCACACGACACAUCCGACGAGCCCAGAAAGGAGGGUUCUCGUCAACAGACCUCAGUGAGACAGAGGAAGCGGCGCCGGGGUGGUAAAACAUCAUGGUGCCAUGGGGGCGGUAGAUGGGGUGGUCAGGAGAGACUGGAUAAAGCCCUAGCCAGCUUCCUGAACUGGCAGCAGUCUGCAGAGGAACGUCUCCUCUCACUGGAGGAGGCGCGGCUGGAGAGAGAGCUACAGGCAGAGGAGCGCAGGGAGCAGCGGGAGGAGAGGAGGGCAGAACAAGAGCGUCAGCACGAGCUCCGCCUGUUCAGCAUGCUCACGGGGGUGUUGCUCGCUGUCAGAGAGGGUACGCAAACCACAACACAAAGCGACCCCGCCACCUCACCCUUAGCUCGUUUUUCAGCUUCGCUGAUAACAACGCCUGCCCCCUCUGCUCCUUCAUCUUCAUCCCAGCCACCUCCAGAGGCUCCCACGACAGAGGCUGUUUUUAAUCAGGAGACAAAAAAGUCACAGCUCAGAUCUGUCAAGGCCUGCAAAAUGUCUCAGAAUGCUUUGGAAACACUGAGGGGUGAGGAAGGUCCCGGCAAUAGCAUCUACCUGUCUGAGCGUGGUAAUAGCAUCCGACUCCAUGAAGGUAUCCUCCAGGAGGGCUACAUCCAAUAUGGAAUGGACCGGCACCAUGAUACAGACAACCCUGAUGGUAUUAUCAACAUGGGGACCAGUGAGAACAAACUUUGUUAUGAUCUUCUUCAUAAACGGCUGACCAAGCCUGACAUGCUGCACAUCAACCCAUCCUUGUUGCAGUAUUCAGACUGGAGGGGGCACGCUUUCCUCAGGGUGGCAGUUGCAAAAUUCCUGACUCGCUACUGUUGUUCUCCAAACCCAUUAAAAGCUGACAACGUUGUGGUGAUGAAUGGCUGUGGUUCCCUCUUCUCAUGUGUUGCUGCAGUCAUUUGUGAUCCUAAAGAUGCCAUCCUUAUUCCGACUCCUUUCUACGGCGUCAUCACUGAAGAUCUUCAUCUGUAUAGCGAUGUAAAACUCUUCCAUGUUCCCCUUGAUUGUGAGGCUGAUGGGAAAGAUAACCGACCCUUCCGCCUCACUGUACGGAAACUAGAAGAAGGUCUGCAAAGAGCUAAGGAAGAGGGGUUGACAAUUCGCGGCGUUAUCCUGAUGAACCCCCACAACCCUCUGGCUGAAAUCUACAGCCUGAAGGAAAUGAUUACCUUCCUGGAGUUUGCCAAAAGAAAUGCUCUCCAUGCCAUUGUAGAUGAAGUGUACAUGCUGACAGUGUUUGAUGAAUCUGUCACCUUUCAGAGUGUCCUCAGUGCAGACAGUUUGCCCGAUCCACAGAGGACGCAUAUAAUGUGGGGAAUGAGCAAGGACUUUGCAAUGGCAGGAAUCAGAAUAGGCACUUUAUAUACGGAGAACAGAGACCUCGUGGAGGCUUUGGCCAAAUUGGGCUCUUUUCAUGGUGUCUCUGGGACUACCCAGCACCAGGUUGCACAACUGCUUCAGGAUAAAGAGUGGAUCAGUGAGGAAUUUUUGCCUGAGAACAGACGCAGGCUGAAAGCUGCGUGCAGCUACUUGACUGGAGAGCUGCUCAGUAUGGGCAUCCCGUUUCUAGACAGGCCCGCGACACUGUAUGUCUGGGCUGACCUUAGAAAGUAUCUCCAAGAGUCAUCAUUUGAGGAGGAGCUGUCUCUUUGGAAAUGUUUCCUCAGGCACAAGGUGCUGCUCAGUUGUGGCCAAGCGUUCUGCUGUUCAGUGCCCGGGUGGUUCCGCAUCGUCUUUGCAGACCAACAGCACCACCUUCAGCUUGGCCUUAAGCGAAUUAGAGAGGCUUUAAAAGAAACUGAAGCAAAAAUGCGAGUCCAGGACAUCAAACAAACCAGUGAGGAGAGCCAAAAGCCAGUAAAAAAGGACAAUGCAGGUUCAGACAAUGCUGCUACUGUCAAUCCAAAAACCUUACCCGAGAACAAUUCAUCAGAUCAGCUGAAGGAGAGGGAUAGCCCUGUUCCUGACACAGGCUCGCUGGCCACUGAAGACUGCCAAGCCUCUAAGCCCACAGAGAGUCUUGACACGCUGAUCGGUACUCUCAGGCAUCAGAUCCGUUCCUCUGAUUGGCUGGAGAAAAGCACUCCAGAGCUGUCUGCUGGGGAGGACCCAGAAAUUUUUGAUGUGUUCAAGGUCCUGCUGCAAAGAGCCAGAAAGUAAGCUUAGGAUUAAACAGGCACGAAUGUAGCUGCCAAAUUUCAAGAGGCAGUACUUAAGCAUCCCUCUUGCUUCCUGUGUUUAUGGUGAAAAGCUUGACACAAACACCUGACACAAGGUCAGCUCUGAUGUCUGUUUUUGAAGAAUGAAAUAGCUGAGACCAGGUUAAAGAGAAGUAAAGAAAAAACCCGGCCUGGCAUUAAGAACAGGACGGAGUACUUUUCUGUAUGCGUCUUGAGGCCUUAUUGUUAAGCUGAGAAGUGGAUUUAUUUGCUGAUAUUCGAAGUGGAUGCCAAAUAGAACAACCAAAAAUCAGACGUGUCCUAACAUCAAACACUACAAGUCUCUUUUCUUAUGAAUUGUAAAUGUUUCUGAUUUUCAUCUUACGCGGUUUAUUUUGUCAAAAUGAAUUGUACUUGCUGUAAAGUUAAUAGUCCACAAAUAAAUACAGGACGUAUUAUUUAUUUUCUUGACUGUUAUUCAUUUAGAGUUAGUAGCCUUUAGCUGGAGAUGUGUUAUUUUGUGUGCUCGUUGUUUGUUUCAGUGUGACAUUAUCUUUUGUUCUUUGGCAUGGGUGGGCUGUGGGCUCUGUUCCGCUGCUGCAAAGGAAAGUGAAGGUGGUGAGAGUAGAGUGACGAACAGGGGGAGAUAUCUGAUGCUGAAGACGCUAUUGGCUGACAACACUUUGUAGCCCACUGUCUGUGACAGCGAGUGGGAUUUCCUUAACCGUUUCGUGAUGCGUAAUGACCCGACGACACCCCCCACACACUUUCUACAUGACAAGGGUCUGAUUUGUUUAUUGCAGUCGAACAUAAUCGCUGAACUGUUAAGGGACUUGUAGAUCGAGCUUUUCGAACCUAUUCAACUCUGUUUGCUUUUAGACACAUAAACUUCUGCUUCCUCAAAUAUUGAAUGGCUGUUGCUGGAGCUUUCACUUUCUCUAUAGAGCGAUUCGGCAAGUCACAGUGGAGAAUUCAAGGGGAAAUUUCAGCCCUGAUGGGUGGGAGUUUCCACUGCGACAGUGGAGUUACAGUGAGGGUUUGAUCUGUUGUGGUUGUAAGCAUAAGUAGUUUUAGCACAGCACUACUUUUACACUUUCUUCUACUUUUCGGCAAACUCAGAGUUUAACCUCACAGCUUGGUUCCUGACAGCUUUUUUCCCUUCAACAACAACAACAAAGGUAAGCCAGGGCUUUUAUAUUUGUAAAGCUCAUUUAAAUAAUCUAAAUGCCAAGGUUACUUUUAAGACAGAUUAUCCCUCUGUCGCUGAACUUCAGCACAUCCUAAUUACACUCUUGUUUAUCCUCGCCCCUGUCUCUUUUAGCGGUGUCAAAAUGAAGUUUCUUGAGCUGGAUGACUCGAUCGGUCGCUUCAGGUUUUCACAGUCCUGUUUGGGAUUAGUGGGGUGCCUGUGUGUGUGCUAUGCAGUCUGGACACCUUACUGGGUGAAGGACAGGGGACUGUGGACGGAGUGGAACGCCACUGAAAGCGACCAGACGAAUCCUAAAGAUGAUAUUGGCAUCAACGCUCUGGAAGCAGAGAGGGUCUUUGGAGUUCUCUCCUUCCUGAUGGCCGUGAGCACGGCUGCUCUGUGUCUGGUGUUUGCCCUCUGCUGGACAUCCCAGACGGUGCGCUCCUACUCAAACACUCGCGCUCUCCUCAUUGUACAAAAGGCGCUCUACCCCACUACCCUGCUGCUGUUCACCAUGGCCCCCACAGGUUUCUUCUUCCUCCUGAGCUGGUCUUUUUUCACAUAUCAGCACCGUGAAGAAAUCCGUCAGGACUUCUCCAGUCUUGGCUCCUCCUAUUGGCUGGGGGCUUUAGGUUGGACCCUGCUGCUCGUCGUGGAGCCGAUCGUCUUUAUCGUUGAACAGGCUGUCGUGCCAGACAUUCUACCUGACUUGGAGAAUGCUGUGGAGCCAUGGCGGAUUUCCUCUCCAUCUGAGGCCGACGAACAAUCUUUUAGUCAAAGUUCUCAUCCUUUUAGCCCCAAAAGCAACAAGGGUGUGAUGAAAUAUAUGUCUGAAUUUUGAAUGGAGUUCAGAAACAAUAAGGACAUGAAUAUGAAUAUGACGCUAAAGGACUGUGCACUGAAAGAAUCCUGAAGUCAGAAGAACUGAAGUUUCCUGCUGGGCUUACUGUGGAAGUCAUUUUCUGGUUUGUUGACUGGUUCACUGGUUUGUUGAUUGAAAUGAAACCACAACACACUAAGGACUAAUAACAUACCAACUAGUGAAAUACACAACUAAUGAUAGGUUUGCGCCUCAGCCAGGAUCAGGUCCAGGUAUAAAGGGCUCUGAGUUCAAUCUACGUAAACAAGACAUUCAGUUAGUACAUUUAUCUAAAUAGUGCUGCUGCGAUAUAUCUUACCUGAAGUCAUUGUUAUGGCCAUGUGACACUUCAAAUAGUAAUUGUCAUGUAAAAGAUGAUAGGUACUGGUUAAUGUUGACAGAUUUACAUAUUACAAGCAUUUUUGGUCUGUUACAUGUGUUUUUCUUUUUUUGGAGAUUUAACUUGGGUUUAUUUAUAAACAGAUGAGUAGUUCUCAGAUAUAUUCGUCAGCCCAGACUAUAAUUUCAACUACAGCAUUGUUUUAAUGCAGAGCUCCAUGAGGGCCUGAAGAUCAUGGCCAUUCAGUACUUGUUUUCAGCCGUGUCCCUUAUGCACAUUUCUUUUAAUAGUAGAUUGCACUGUAGUUAAGGAAAUUCCCACUUGCAAAUUCUUUGCAAUUUUUACAGUAAGAAACAUUGGUGCGCAUCAACAGAAUUCCAACUAUUGUCAGCUAGCUGUCAUUUGGCAGGACGUGGGGUACAUCUUUGAGUGGCUGCCAGUCCGUUGUAGGACUAACAAGAAACAAUGUUCUUGAACGGUCUGCCUGCACUACCUUUCACACUGGUGGACUCUUCUCCUUUAGACUUUUGAAACACUCUCUUUUCUUUUCUUUUUUUAUA